CUGGGUACACCACUACUACUACAACUACUACUAGAUUAUAUGAUUGGCAUAGACAUGUCGCAAAAAGUUACUGGAUAGGUCUAGUGUGACUUUUUUUUUUCAAGGGGACAAGGAUACAACUACUAGAAGCAACAUCAAUAUAGUUUUUCUUUUCAAGAGGACGAUAGGGAUCCACUAGGGGACAAUCCUGCAACCUCUAACUCAGGAAAGCGGUGAAGAUGGUGAUGCCACCUCUGUGAGGUGGAGGUGGAGGUAUAUGUUGAGGAUGAUCAUUACCUGUGAUGUCGAAGCGGGUGAGGUAGUGAAGAGUAGUUAGUGCUGAGCAUUACCUGUGAUGUCGAAGCGGGUGAGGUAGUGAAGAGUUGUAGUCAGUGCUAAAAAGAUUAUAUUUUUUCGUUCUAAGAAAGAGAAAGUAAGUAAGAUGGCUCAUCUUGUAGCAAGAUGAAAUAGCGUGAUAGAAGAAUUAUUAUUAUUACUUUCCUGAGUCAGCUAAAGUUUACUAAGUUGCCUCAAGUAGAACAAAAUUGUUAUUAUUAAGAGAAGGAUAGACGGUUAUCCACAGACAAGUAGACCACGACUUCAACAAGUACUAGCCACAUUCUCAAUAUUAGAUGACUGACGACAUCAAGAAAAACUUUCAGCAGCAUUUGAAUUUAUUUCCAUUUUCAACAGAAUUCAGCGACAUUUUGACACAAGUACAGAUAUUGGAAGAUACGAUACAUAAACAUACAAAACUUCAACACCAUACAACAUUGUCCUUCAACAUUCAUCUACUGAAAGAAAAAAUGCAACUUCAAUAAAUGUUUGCCUUACAUCAUUCAACAAAAACAAAGAUCUUAUCUUACAACAUCCUAUUCAUUGCCAUUUUCCGCCUAAGCCUAUGUACACCAUUAGCCUAAACAAUGUAGACCACAAUCUAAUCCACAACGACACUUAUUUUCUUGCCUCAUACUUACCUAAUUGGAUCAUGUAACAUCACCAGGGGACAAAUGAAAUCAUGCUGAUGCGACACAAAUAAUAAUAAACGACGCGUUGAUGAGACACAAAUGAAAACCAUAUAACCACGAACUACAUACUACGAUUAGUAAAAGUAACAACUACACUUCUGUAAAAAUAGAAAAAGAAAUUGAAAUUAAGUAUACAAUAGUAAACUACUACUUCCAGGCAACAUCAAUGUUGCCGAAAAGAGAUGGCAAAUUGUUGAGAACAAACUACCGGGUGUGCAAGUGCAAACUACACAGGAGAAAUAAAAGUAAUCAAGAAUGGCAAAAGAGUGAAUGUGCAAAGAACACUCUUUGUGCUUCUAGGUGGAACAAGAAUAUUGUUCUUACAGAUUCAGAUACGAU